AGUGACACAUCCGAUCGGCCAAAGCUACCCACCUCUAGCAGGCAGUGAAAUGCCAAAGGCAAUCGUAAAAUAAUUUUUUUUUCGUUUCCCUGCAACGUUUACGCAUGUUGUUUUCGGAAACUAAGACUUUUUGUUAAUAAAAGACAGGACCAGUGUCAGUUAGAACUGUAAAAAUGGAUACGGAGAAGUCUAGCAGCAGCUCCUUCGAGGACCUGACGAAUGCCGAGGACACCAAGGACAUCCGAAAGGUGACGGCGGAAGCCGCUACCGGGGAUGGCGCAACCACCUCGACGGACCUUGGCGAGGAAAAGACGUCAGCUGAGGAGUCAGAGGCCGCAGUGGAGGGCGAGGACGAAUGUGAUAUUCUGGGCAACAAGCAGUUGAUAAAGCGAAUCAUCAAGAAGGCGCCAAAGGGAGCUAAUCAGCCGAGUCGCGGCUUUUUGGUGACCAUUAACUUUACCGGCAAACUGGAUAACGGCAAGGUGGUUGAGGAGGAGAAGGGCUUCCAGUGCCACAUUGGCGACUUUGAGGUAGUCCAGGGCCUGGACAUGGUGCUGCCCAUGAUGCUGGUCGGUGAAGUGAGCCAGGUCAGCGUGGAUCCCCGCUUCGGCUACGGUUCCAUUGGUCUGAAAAGGGAAGGAGAUUCCGAAUUCGUUGUGCCACCCGACUCGAAUCUCACCUACGAAAUAGAGCUUUUGGACAGCAAAUACGAAGACUUUGCGGAUCUGAAGAGCUUCGAGUUACUGCGCAAAUAUGGAACCCGCAAGAAAGAACGUGCCAACUUCUUCUACAAGCGCUUGGAGUUUAAUACUGCCAUUCAUCUGUACAGGCGGGCCUUGGACUAUCUGGAUACAAGAGACGGGGAUCCCGAAGCCGAACUACUUAAGGAAGAUCUGCCGUUUUCAAACAGCGAUAUGCAGACCCUGCUGGAGGAUCGACUAAUUGUGUAUAACAACCUGGCCAUGACCCAAAUCAAAAUCGCCGCCUAUGACGCUGCACUGACGUCGGUGGAGCAUGUCCUGCGUUGCCAGCCGAACAAUUCCAAGGCCCUCUAUCGCAAGGGCAGAAUAUUAGAGGGCAAGGCUGACACACAGGGCGCGAUCAAACUGUUGCAGAAGGUGGCCACUCUCGAACCGGAAAACAGGGCCGUUCAGUCGGAUUUGGCCAGGCUUUUCAUCAAGGCUCGCCGCGAGGAACACAACGAAAAGGAAAUGUACCAGAAGAUGCUCGGUCAGGCCAAGAAAAUGGAACAAAAGACUGCCACCAGACAAAAGCAGCCCCUUGUAGACAACUCUAAACUUAAGCUGCUGGGUUAUCUGAUGGGAACCAUAUUGAUUGGCGUGGCCGGUGUCGCCAUUUAUCGUUACAAGUACUAAGGACAAGCAUUGCACAUGAACUAUUGGAUUAUUUUAAGCAAUUUGAAUGCAUUUUUUAAGGAACAUAUAUACAUAUAUAUGUAUAUAUUACAUAAAAAGCAAAAUUAUGAAUGUUGGAAAGCCGCAUUUGCUUAUUAUAUCGAUAUAUGGCUCUUGUUGUACAUCUAAUCCUAUGCACACACACACACUUCACUGUAGUAGUAUGGUAUGGUUCUGGUAGUAGCGUACAUAUAAUGUUAAAGCUUAAUUUUUAAUCAAACAUUCUGUCAGUCGAGUACCGGGAAACGUUGAAUAAAACCCUUAAUUUUCAUUUGA